AUGCACCGCUUCGCUCGUGCAUUCACUGUUCUCAGCUCGGCCGAGUCACACUUCCUCCUCCCUUCAUCACCCGCCACCGCCACCGCUACCGCCACCAUACCCUUUCGUGCCCUCAAUCCACCGCUAAGAUCUCUAGCCACCAAAAGUCUCACCAAACCCACACCCAUUUCUGCCUUUAGGCUCCGUGCCAUGGACGCUCCAUCCCCAACAGAUACCGCUGGCGUCGAUGAUUUUAUUCACGUGGGCGACGAGCCACAUGGAAAUUCAGACAAUUCCCAAGAAGGCUCCGUCGAGAGCGUGGUAAACAACGAGUCUCUGCACGAAAAUAGUGCUGGCGAUGGAGAAACUGAAGGCAAUAGUCACAAUUAUGAGAGGAAAGUUCUUCCAGAGGAGCUUUCAAGGAGUGUGGUGGCACUCAGUUGCGAAUCAUCUGCCGAUGGGGGCGUUUGUGAUGUUUAUUUGGUUGGCACCGCCCAUGUUUCUGCGGAGUCCUGCCAAGAAGUUCAAGCUGUGAUCAAUUUCUUGAAACCGGAGGUUGUCUUUUUAGAGUUAUGCUCAAGUCGAGUUGCAGUCCUUACGCCUCAGAAUUUGAAGAUACCCAAGAUGGCUGAAAUGAUGGAGAUGUGGAAGAAAAAUCAUAAUCUUUUUGGGAUACUUUACAGCUGGUUUCUUGCUAAGGUUGCUAGUCAGCUCGAGGUUUUGCCUGGGGCAGAGUUUCGUGUGGCAUAUGAAGAAGCGAUGAAGUAUGAUGGCAGGGUAAUACUUGGUGACCGACCUGUCCAAAUAACAUUACAGAGAACGUGGGCAAAAAUGCCUCUUUGGCACAAGACAAAAUUACUUUACUCCAUCCUGUUUCAAGCAUUUUUCUUACCAAGUCCUGCAGAUCUCAAUAGAAUGCUGAAAGAAAUGGAUGAUGUUGACAUGUUAACUCUUGUAAUUCAAGAAAUGAGCAAGCAGUUUCCAACUCUUAUGGAAACCCUUGUGCAUGAGCGUGAUCAAUACAUGUCAACCUCGUUAUUAAGAAUUGCAAGGGAGCAUAAUUCAGUAGUUGCAGUUGUUGGAAAAGGUCAUCUGCCAGGAAUCCAAACGAACUGGAAGCAGCCUGUUGAUGUGAAGCAACUUCUGAGCAUUCCUUCAGAAAACCGUACUAUUACCGUGGGGAAGAUUAUCACUACCCUAGGAGUUACAGUUGCAGGGGUCGCCAUCAUAUCCGGCCUUUAUUUCUUGAGCAGGAAAUAG